AUGCGAGUCACCCUCUCACGGACGUUGGCUGCGGCCCUCCUGUCCAUCGUCCUGCUGCCCUUUCACCAUGUACUAGCAUCGAGCACGUUGUCAUCGCCUUUGCAGCAAAUUGAUCUUGCAGAUUCAAUAUCCAUCGAACCGCUCAAUCCGACGGCUCCACCAGUAGAGCGCAGAUACGAAGCGUUCGGCGGGCUUUCCCGACGUACGAUCCGCCAUAGCGACUCGUUCGUUCUUACUCUGCGCGCCUUUAACCAAACCUUCAAGCUUCAUCUGGAGCCGAAUGACGAGCUCGUCCAUCCAGACGGCAUCACUGUGCGGUAUUCAGGCGAGCGAACUGAAUGGCUUUCGCGUGAAGAGGUUAGAGCGUACCGUGGCGUCGUUCUGCACCCUGCAUUCUCGAACCGCCGAAGGGCGGAAGAUGAAGCAGGGCUGUGGCGGCGAUCCGGCGAAGGGUCAGGUCAGGAUGUCGGUCGUGACUUCGCGGACGGCAUCAUGGGGCACGCGUCGAUUUUGCUGCACGACGACGGGACCCUGAAUGGACGUCAACCCAGCUUCGAAGGGAUGUUCAGCUGGACUGGAAACAUGCACACCAUCCAGACCAAGGACCGAUACGAAGCCUCGCGGCAGGCAAGCGACCCUCGGCUUGAGAAGCGUGGAUUGGAUGGACAUGUGAGCACUGGCCUUGUUGUACAUCGUCGCUCAGAUAGGAUGAGCGAGAGCGAGAUGCGCGCGCGUGGUCUCGCUCCUGUAGAGGAGCGGGCCGGAGAAGGUACACUUUCAACUGGAUGCAACUCGGACAAGCUAGCGCACAACCUCAAAUUCCAGAACGGCGAUAUCCUCCAUGGCGAGACCUUUUUUGAGACGCCAUCUGGCUUGUCUGUUGGCAUGCGCAGGCGCAGCCUCGGAGAAAGAUUCCCCGGCUUCGGUUCUCUCCUCGCGCUUUCCGAGGCACCUUCCGCAGAUAUGCAAAGUGGGACCACCUUGCACCACGGCUUGCCGACUUCAAGAGAAUUGUCGUUCGACUACAAUGCCUGGCAGCAUAUACUUCAACGUCGCCAAGCAACCGGCAGCGACACUGCUGGUCCAGGCAGCAACUCGUCUUAUAUCAGCACGAUCGGUUCCCGCCAAGGCUGUCCAAAUGCGGCGCGUGUGGUGUAUAUCGGCGCAGCAGCUGACUGUACGUACUCGACCCGCUUCAGCAACGAGUCCGACGUCCGAACCGCGAUGCUCGAGAAUCUUAAUACGGUCAGCAACCUGUACAGGCAAACGUACAAUGUCAGCAUUGGUGUCGUCGAGCUCAAUGUACAAUCGGCUGCGUGUCCGACUAGCCCUUCGAGCUCGGCGAUGUGGAACAGAGAUUGCAGCAGCAGCUACAGUCUGGACAAUCGGUUGAGUGACUUUAGCGCCUGGAGAGGCUCUAGAUCCACGAACGGAACCGGCUUGUGGCACCUCAUGACCGCGUGCGGCAGCGGGCAAGCUGGUGGCGAAAUUGGCAUCGCUUGGCUUGGGACGCUGUGCAUGACUCAGGCGAGCCAGGAAGAACAACAGACUGUCAGCGGCACGGGUGUGAGCUCUCUGACGAACAGCAUGUGGGAAGUCAUCGCACACGAGAUAGGGCACAACUUUGGAGCGAUCCAUGAUUGCUCGAGCGGCUGCUCGCUGCGGGGAAGCCUGGCUGUGCAAAGCUAUGGCGCUACAUGCUGCCCAUCCUCGUCGUCUGCGUGCUACGGCUCGACCGACUACGUCAUGAACCCAGUCAGCUCGCCCAGCGCGCAGACCUUUAGCGCUUGCACGAUUGGCAACGUCUGUUCCUUGCUCGGCGGUGGGCUGGGGUCUGAUUGUAUUGUUGCGCCCGGCGAGCGCGCAACGUUGAGUGCGCAGCAAUGCGGCAAUGGGAUUCUAGAGCCGGGAGAAGAGUGCGAUGCAGGACCGAGGGGCAGCCAGUGCUGCUCGACCACAUGCAAGCUGACCAGCGGCUCGCGGUGCGAUCCGCUCGCCAGCGCGUGUUGCACGGAUUCAUGCCAGUAUGCGCCAUCGACGAAAGUGUGCCGGCCUUCGAUCGACGACCGCUGCGACUCUGCCGAAAUGUGCAGCGGCACGUCGGCGGAAUGCCCGGCGGACGUGACCAAGCCCGACGGCAAGGAGUGCGGAAGCGACGGCUUGAUGUGCGCGUCUGGGCACUGCACGUCGCGCGACCAGCAAUGUCAGCAGCAGGGCACGAGUCUCAACUUGACGCAGGCCUGCCCUGUCAGCACGAGUGGUACGUGCAGCAUCGCCUGUCUCGACCCGCGCGGAGGCAACAGCUGCCUCGUCUUGCAGCAGACGUUCAUCGACGGCACAUCGUGCGGCUACGGCGGGCGCUGCCGCAGCGGCGAAUGCGUCCGUGGCGAUUGGCAGUCGACGUUCCGCAGCUGGUACACGAACAAUCUGCGCAUCUCCAUCCCUGUCACGAUCGGCGCCGCCAUUCUCGUCCUCUUGAUCCUUGCAUGCAUUGUGCGCGCAUGCAGGCGCCGAGGAGGCUCGUACGCCGAUAGCCGGGCGGUGCCGUCUACUGCGUGGCGGAGCCGCGAUGCACAGCAGCAUCAGAACCAGAGACAUUCGCGCUCUUCAUCAGCACACGCUAAUGAUGCGCUGCGGCAGUCACGACAGUACCAUGCGCCCAACAUGCCACCCCCUCCGCCUCCGUCAGCGGCACCGACAAGUUAUGGGCAGGUUCAGCGGCAAAGGCAGGCUUAUAGUGGGUCUGGAUACGAGAACUACGGAUACGAUCAUAUACCCAAUCCGAAUGCCCCACCUCCCGUUCCACCUCGACAUGGACAAGCAGUACCUUCUCCAUGGGUCGACACGAGCCAGUACAACGGCUAUUAA